AUGCCUCCGCAGAACUAUAGCAGUGCAGUCUGCUCAAUAUCCAACGACGGCACCUCCACGGACUUUGUCGCGUCACGGUUUUGUGCCCAAAUGAAUUUGUUGUCCUGGAAAGCCGUCGAGAAUGUGGGUCCAUAUCUAUCUGUGCCCGACAUCAAUAGCCGCAAAAGAAACCAAAUGGGGGGACAUACACCAAAAUACAGCACCCUCGACACCUUGACCUACAGCAUCCUACUCGAGCACCAAGCACCGACAAAAGGGUUGAUGAUGCUGGAAGAUGUGGAGAGCAAAGAGGAUCAUGGUGUACGGAGAAUCGCUGGCCAUUAUUCCGAUGAACAGACUAGGCGACCAUGGCUAGCGUACACAUCUUGGCGAGCUUGUCUGUUUCCAGAGUACGGUCAACUCCUGUACCAUCUCAACAAAGAUUCAGAUUUUCGCCAAUUCCUUGCCCUCUGUGAUAUUUCGCCGGUAGUUCCCAGCAUCGUCCUCGUUCGAGGUCGUUUCCGGCAGCAAGAAACCUAG